AUGUUUCAGCCAACGAAAACGUCCACUGCUUCUAAAACCAAUCAGCUCAGACGUGACGUGAAACUGAUGCAAGAAAUGGAACAAGAGACAACGAAAAUUCUAAGUCCAUUAUUUAAUGAUACGGUUUGGCUGAAUAGAGCGUAUUUGUUGUUGAAGGGACAGAAUUUACCAGAAAGCGAAGGACGUUUCAAAACUUUAGUUUUGAUAUUGAAUGGACGAAUCAAGCAUUCGUUAAAGUUUUUGUUCGACGUCGGGACUUUGCACACUGCUAAGAUUUUCAGCUAUAUACUUGAGUUAGAUACCUUAAUUAGGGAAGUAAUGGAACUUCCACGCACUCCAUCUCUGGACCACUUUCAGUCGUUUGCGAAAGGCAUUUUGUUCCGAAAUAUCGGCGAUACAUUCCUUCUCCUUCACAAUACAGAAAAAGGAAAUAAGAUAUACUUAGAGUUGGCAUUUGUCAGUUACUCAGUCGCUUACGAUAUUUUUCACAAAGCAUCACCUGUAUCACCUUUGCUUGCUGCUAUCUUUGUGCUUGAAGCGUUCAUACUGCGUACACUUCUUCAGCAUUUCAAUAGGAUCAAAAUAUCCAACUUCGCUACACAGCCGGUCGGAGAACGUUUGUAUGCUGCUUGUAACGGUACUUCCACAUUGCGUUCUAAAUCAUUUAUGGUUUCAAUAAAUUCGUUGCCAAACACUCAUGAAGCACAUGCUAUAGAACAGAACAAAGUCAGCAGAUUGAUCAUAUUGGCGGAUAAAAACGAUUUUUUGAUUAACUUGUUAUGGCUGUUAGCUUACAACAGUGAUAUACGUGAUAAUGCUUCGUUCUUGAAUCUUUUCCUGAAAAAUAUACCUGUCGAGACUUCCAAUGACGAUGAUGAUCUGCAAUCAUUUACAUUGUCAUCACUUAGUAGGAUUGAUGCAAUAGUUCUAUUGUUAGGAGCAGCAAAGUGGUCAGAGUUAUGCGCAUCUCAUGGACAGAAAUAUGGUACUCCCAGUUUGAGUAUUUUACCACCAUUAGCAUUUGCACAGCCUAGUUAUAUGAUAAUUAAUUUUUGGAAUCUACUGGUGUCUCUUAUCAAUAAGGAAGUACGGAAUCAAGGUUCAAGUCAGAUGUGCUCUGAAAAUGGAUUAAUAAUAGCAGCUUUGGAAGCGUCCAGAUUACGUGGUGAUAUUCCUGAUGUGCGGAUUGUUGACUAUAUCCGUAAAUGGCUUGUUGCUAAUGGCAGUGCACUGGGCGACACAAAAAAGAACUGGGCCAAUUUGUAUUCUCGCACAUUCAUGAAUCUCAUCAAUGGGGCUCAUUGUGCGAAUCAGGGUGUCUCAACAAGGGAUUCGUUUUUUCCACCCUUAAACGAUUCGGAUUACGAUAUGCUUGAUGAUGCCAAAAAGUGGUUUUCCUCUCAGGAUUUAUCUGCUCCUAACAGUUGCUCUAAGAGUGGCCCAAUUUUGGACGAGUCCUCGGAAUUAAGAGAGGUCAAUAUUCUGUCUAGCAGUCAGGCAGAAUCUAUGAAUAAUCCUUUUGUUAAACCGAGGAGCUUUUUACAACGCAUAGGUAUAUCAGCAAAAACCACGUUGUCCAGUGAAUGCAAUAAUUCGAUUACCUCUGUUUGUGCAUCUAAAAAUGAUAACAUUAGAGCGCUGGAAUUAGUUAACAAGGAUUAUGAAAGGAGGUGCAACAAUGAAGCAUCUACAAGCCUUGAAUCAAAUAAUUUGUCGACUCUUACAAAAGAAAAUAAAAUUGAACAGAAGUUAUACGCAGAAAUCAUUAAAAUGCAGAACGAGCACGCAUGGGAUGCUUGUAGGCUCGUUCAAAGGAUAAAUUCAUUAGAAGAAACGGUAAAACGGUAUGCAGGCCAAUAUACGGCUGAUUUAGCCAUGUAUACUUCAAAAGCAUAUAAGCAAGGUUAUAAUGAUGGAUAUUACUCAGCUUUGCAAACAAGCAAUACUUCUAUGAACUUGGUGGAGUCGGGUGAUGAACAUGCAAUUUCGCCGACAACACAGGCAGCAGAUUUUUUAGAAAAUCAAACUGAGAUGGCUUUGGGCAUCGAACAUUCACAUAAUCCCAAAGAAUGCAUUGGUUGUGCUUCCGAAGAAGAACAAGAUCGCUUUUUGAAGAUACUGGAUAGCUUGGCUGACAGGGGCGUUAUUUGA